GUCAUGAACAAAGCAUUUCAGAGAAGUAAUCAUUAAUCACUAUAACAGAGCACUCUGACAAUAGUAUUCUCAAGGGCAAAACACAACAUAACACUCAAUAGCGAAGUCCCUUAAGUACCAAAGAAAAUGAUCACAAAUUCAAAUAUCCUGAAGUUAUUCGCAGAAAAGAAUCAAAACCUUUGCAAGUUCAAACCAACUAAUCGGACAUGAGAUCACCAAGUGCUUAAUCCACAUAGUCUCCGAUCAAUAGUAUCAAUUUCAAUCUAUUUCUAAGAGAGCAUUCUCAUUACUCAUCGAUCUCAAUCAAUGUUUUAAGAUGCAUAAUACAUUGAUUAUAUUAUCACAAACAAAGAAGUGAAUCAAUUUCUUAAAAAGCACUUCCUACAUGAACAUAUGCAUACAAAUAGUUCCAGAUAAACAAAUACUAAAUUGAUCUGUGAUUCUUGGGAUAAGGUGCCUGUUACUUAUUUUAUUAAAGCCUUAUUUGAUGAGUAUCCGGAAAUCAUAGAGGAUCAUCAUUUAAAUGAGAAGUUGAACAUCAAAUUGAAAACACUCAUAAAAGACUUGAUUUCUGAAGAUGGACAACUCUUAUCGUUGAAUAAACUACAAAUACACACGCGUCAUUUGGGAUUGCUGGGAUUGUUACUGACUGCUCUCAGAGACAUUCAAGAUGCACCCACAGUAAAUCACAAUACUCCUCAUAAUUAAUCUAUCUCACAUGAAUAGGAAGUCUCCACUACAACUUAGUAAUAGUAAUAGUAAUAUUAAUCCAAAUUUCAUAAGAUGGCUUCAGAAAUUACAUAAUCAGCUGAAAAUAGAAUAAAUGAAUUGGUAAACUUGAAAUUGCAACAAUUCACAAUCAAACAAAAGGAAUUGGAAAAAUAAAUUUAACAAUUAAAAUAGAAGGCAACUGAAAACUUUGAUCUAUUCUAACAUGAAGCCAAAAACAAAUAAGUGAUCAACAAUCUAACCCAAUAGUUACAAUAGAAAGAUCAAAUCAUAGCAGAUCUAGAAUAAAAACUCAUUAAGAAAUGGAUGAACUCAUCUUUAGAAGAAGAAAUGCAUUCAACCAAAAUUGCAUAACCAAAGGCAUCACCAAUCAAAAUUUAGAGUCCCAGCCAAUCUCCCUUUAAUGACAGCAAUCAAUACUUAUAAAGAAUGAUUAGUAAUUUAUGCACUGUCUGGGAUCUAGGUUGUAUCAAUGAGGAUUACAGAUUUGCUCAAAUACUAACAGCACAAGAAAACAAUCAAAUGCCCUAUUAACAUUUUCAAUUAAUCCCCAUUAUUAAAACAAUCCCUGGCUUUAAUGAUUUUAUUUUUAAAUCACAAAAUAACAAUCACAUCAUCACUAAUUUUAUUUAGAAUUGCAUGAAUAAUGAUAACAAUGUCAUCUUAGAUUUGUAUUAUGAAAUUAUCACUCUGCUUCCAAAUUUUAAAAUUAGUGAUCAGGAUCAUUAUUUAAUUAAUGUAAUGCAAUUAUUUCUAAAACUAACCGUUUCAAUUUUGUAGAUAAAAACUGUGUUCAGUAUAAGUAAGCUGAAAGAAUGGGGGUCCAUCAAGAGGCAACUUACUGAAUAACAGAACUAAUUCAUUAAGAAUUUAAUCACCUAGAUAGUCCAAAUUAAUCAAUACAGUAUUAAGUAGGUGCCUUAAUCAAAAUUAUGGAAUCAGCAAUAGAUUUAUCAUGACUAAUAUAUGUCAGAGUAUAACAACAAAUUGAUUGAGAAUCAAGUAAUUAACAACACAUUGAGAAAACAACUAAAUUAGAUACACAAUAAGCAGAAUACAAGGUUGUCCCUGAUUAUUAGGAUUAUUCAAUGCUUCUAUUACAAUGAUGUUGAAGAAUUAAUCGGUCUAAUGCAAUCGAUUCAAGGGGAAACUGAUGUGGACAUCUAUUUAUCCAAACUGAUCCUUGAUUGUGAUUGCAUCAACCUAAUAUUGUUCCCGAGUUUGUUCAAUCCCAAAUUUGUUCUUAAGUCAAUCACAAACCUACUUUAAUUUAAGUGUCCUGGCUAAUUCUAUUUAUUAUAUACAAAGUAAGUGUGCUAAAUUAGAAAUAUCGAUAUACUGAUCGAAUUAUUAACUAAAAUGCAUAAUACUAUGAAUUCGGAUGUUGUUAUUAAAUUAUGGGAUGUACUUGGAGCUAUUGCUAAGAGUACUGUCUUAAAAGAAUGUAAAGAAGGUCUUCAAUUUGUAAUAAGAUUAUAUUCGAAUUCUCAUCAAGCCACAAUAUUACAUAAUAUAUAAUAAGUAUAAAAAAAUUUAGCAAUCCCAAUCUGA